AUGGCCUCAAUGCAAGAUUUACUUAAUAAACCAAAAGCUACCACUCCAGCUCCAGAAGAAACUGAAGAUUUAAACAUUGUCGGUUAUGAUCCAUUAAUGUCACCAGCUCUUUUACAAUCUGAUGUUCCAGCUUCAAAAUUCUCUUUACAAACUGCUAUUAAAGGUAGAAGAGAAUCUGCUGAAAUUGUUCAACAAAAAAAUGAUCGUCUUUUAGUUGUUGUUGGUCCAUGUUCAAUUCAUGAUUCAGAAGCUGCUUUAGAUUAUGCUCAAAGAUUAAAAAAAUUAUCUUUAGAAUUAGAAACUGAAUUAGUUAUUGUUAUGAGAGCUUACUUAGAAAAACCAAGAACUACUGUUGGUUGGAAAGGUUUGAUUAAUGAUCCAGAAUUAGAUUCUACUUACAAUAUAAAUAAAGGUUUAAAAGUCUCAAGACAAUUAUACUGUGAUUUAACAAACCAAGGUAUUCCAAUUGGUUCAGAAAUGUUGGAUACCAUCUCACCACAAUUCUUAGCUGAUUUAAUUUCAUUCGGUGCUAUUGGUGCUAGAACCACUGAAUCUCAAUUACAUAGAGAAUUAGCUUCAGGUUUAUCAUUCCCAGUUGGUUUCAAAAAUGGUACUGAUGGUACUUUAGGUGUUGCUUUAGACGCUGUUCAAGCCGCUUCUGCUCCACAUCAUUUCAUGGGUGUUACUAAACAUGGUAUUGCUGCCAUUACAACUACAAGAGGUAAUGAAAACUGUUUCGUUAUCUUAAGAGGUGGUAAAAAAGGUACCAAUUAUGAUGAAGCUUCAGUUAAAGAAGCUAAAGAAAAAUUAGGUGAAAAAGGUGUUUUAAUGGUUGAUUGUUCUCAUGGUAAUUCAAACAAAGAUUACAGAAAUCAACCAAAAGUUUCUCAUGAAGUUGCUAGACAAGUUGCCAAUGGUGAAGAUAAAUUAAUCGGUGUUAUGAUUGAAUCACACAUCAACGAAGGUAAACAAUCCAUUCCAAAAGAAGGUAAAGCUGGUUUGAAAUACGGUGUUUCUGUUACUGAUGGUUGUGUCGGUUGGGAAACCACUGUUGAUAUGUUGAAGGAAUUGGCUGAAGCUGUCAAGACUAGAAGAUCUUUGAAAAACAAGGCCUAA